UAGCAUUGUCCUGACAUCUUCCGGGAAUCAUACGUAAUUCUUAUAAUACCAAGAUGGUAAGACCAGAGAUCAUUUGAAGACCGACGAGAACUUAACUGCAGAAUCUACCAUUGGUAUAUUGUAUCAUUAAGUUCUGACAUGUGCUCAUCAGAGCUCGUUAGAAACACGUUGUGCUACAAUAGUGUACAGUGAAGCUAUUAGGUUAGAAGAAUAAAAACAAAGAAGCAUGCAAGUUAACCUCGAAGGCAUGUAAACAUUGAAGAAGCUAUCAAAUAAAAGGAAAUAUAUGAUUGAAAAAUAGUCCAGAAGUAUAAUAAAUAAAGAGAAGAAUUGACGAUUUUUCUAAACAAAUUUUCUACGCAUUGAAGAUAUUCCAAAUUACGAUACUACACAAAGUGCGCUAAGAUGUUAAAGCCGGAAAAUAUUAAAGUGCAGAAUGCACCAAUUAUUCCCUCUCAGAUGGAUUCUGCUAUCGCUAUAAGAAUAGCUAUGGGAGCAAAAAUGAUUCACGAAAGGACCCUGAUGGCUCGCGCGGAUAUUUGGCACAAAAUUAAAGUGAUCAGAGGCUCCCAGUACAAGAAGGAGACAGUCUUGAAAGCUAUUUUAAAGGCGAUAGAACCAGCUGAUUUAAUACCGGUGAAGUAUCAAGUUUGCGGGGACGAUGCAUAUUUCAUAGCGAGAAAUUGCGGCCCUGCUCUCGAAAAACUGUGCAAGACAAAUCUGAUCAUUAAGGACGUCAAUGGGGAUGCCAUCAUUCUUGUAGUGACUUUGGGAUACGCCUCGAUCAAUGAUCUGAAAAUCCACAUACAACCCCUACUGUUGACUGCACUAACCAAGAGAUACGAUCCAAAUUUGAAGAUGUUGAACCUAGAAAAUUUUCACUUGGAUCCAGAUGUAGACAAGAUCGUCUACUGUCCGUUGUCGCAGCCUAGAACUUCCAAUCACGUUUUGAAGCUGGCGAAAACCUCUAUAGCCACGUUCGAGUAUUUGAAUCUACAACGUAACGCACUGUUCGACAUAUCAGCUAUAGAGAAUUCGAAUUUAACGUCUAUCAAAUAUUUAGACCUGAGGCACAAUAACUUAUUGAACAUAACUGCGCUAGCUCCCCUGAAGAAUCUGGAGAUCAUUAAACUCUGGUUGGACGGAAAUCCACUUUGCGAGAAUUAUUCCACUGCGAAUCAGUAUGUCGAGUCUGCGAGAAAGUAUUGCCCGCAUAUACAGGAGCUAGAUGGUGUAUCUCUCGUGCCAAAUAUGCCAUUGAUAUACAAAGAUUACUUUCAAAACGAGAAGACGCAGCGUCUCGUGCACAAAUUCGCCCAUCAUUUCUUCAAUCUGCACGAUCAAAUCGACCGGACGAUUCUACGAGGACUUUAUCACAAGGAUGCCUAUUAUUCCAUGAGUUUCAGUAUUCCUAACAACAUCGCGCAGAAUACUGGACUGAAUCUGUACACGGGCAACAGAAAUUUAUUAAAGAAAGGAGCGAAAAAAAAUACAUUUCUCUAUCAUACUCAAGAGGAGAUUCUGGUAGCGCUGAGCAAAUUGCCCAGGUCCUUUCAUGACCGAAAUUCCUUCACGUAUGACGUCAUGUACGACGACGAAAAGUGCAUCGUGUUCUGCGUUUCGGGAUUAUUCAAGAAGCUAAGUUCUGGCAUAAACGUGCUAUCAUUUUCCAGAACGUUCGUACUGUCGGCUGCCCUGGACAACGAAUAUCACAUUUUAAACGAUCAGUAUCACAUAUACGCAGCGCCAAAAGAUAUUACACCCGAAAAAAUAGUAGUGAAAUGCGCGUACGACGAGAUGGUAUCGAUUUGCUUCAGUCCGAGCGAAAAAUCUGUGCUGAUCACCAGACUGAAACAAAUCACCAAAAUGAACGAAGAAUGGUGCGAAUCGUAUCUGUCGGAAGCUGAAUGGGACAUGCGAAAGGCACUAUCUACCUUUAUGAAGGACCUGAAAAGUUCAUCGAUAUCGGAAAACGCGUUUGUUACUAACAAUAAGUAGAUGUUUUUAAAGACUACACAUACCUUCGUAUGUAAAUAAAUUUUUCACAUAUAUAUUCUUAAAGAUUUUCUGAA